AUGGAGUACUUCUCAAUACUGUUACAUCUCUCACUUGCAGUUCAUGCAAUUUGCUCUUGCCACUUGUUUAAACAUUCUCAGCUGAUGAUUGAGUUUUCUUCUGCAGAAAAUAAGAAAUUUGACAAUUUUUCAUAUAAGCAAGUGGUAACUCAUUCGCAUGUCAUCUGUGUGAGUUACUGUCAUGCUGAUCCUCAGUGCCACUCAGUCAAUUACAACAUUGAAGAUCAUCUGUGUGAGCUGAACAAUGCUACCAGGGCUCAGUAUCCUGAUGACUUCAUUACAUACUGUGGAAGUGUGUAUUUUGAUGCUGAUGUAGAAACACCCCGCCUCUCUCUACCUGACCAAGCACUCCCUACACAGCCUGAUACAGCCAUUGGGCCUCAAUACAGCAGUUGCCAGGAGCUUCUUGAGGCAGGUCAUAAUGUGAGUGGUAUCUACACAAUAUUCCCUGCUGGAUUCAACAACACCCUACAAGUCUAUUGUGACAUGGACACUGAUGGUAUGGGCUGGAUGGUCAUUCAGAGGCGUCAAGAUGGCAGUGUUGAUUUCUAUCGUAACUGGGUUGACUACCAGAAUGGCUUUGGCUGCUUGUCUGGUGAAUUCUGGCUUGGAAAUGAGAACCUACGUACCUUGACCGAGUCUGCAGGACCAUGGAAGCUGAAGGUUGAGAUAGUCAGAUGGGAUGGAGAAGAAUCCUUUGCUGAAUAUGGACACUUCAAGAUUGAUGGGGACAACUUUAGACUUGAGAUUGGCUCAUACAAGGCGAGCAGCACAGCAGGAGAUGCACUUGAAUACCACAAUGGAAUGAUGUUCAGCACCAAGGACAAGGAUAAUGAUCCGUGGAGCAGUGUUCACUGUGCUGUAACUAGAAAAGGAGGAUGGUGGUAUAACCAUUGUUAUGAAACUAAUUUAAAUGGUAUGUAUUAUCCACAUGAAUCUACCAGCCCGGAUGGUAUCAAUUGGUUUUUUAUGGGGACAGGAUACAAAUCGGUCAAAACAUGUUCAAUGAAAAUGCGCCUCUAG